UCAGGGUUUGAAUUUUUUAAAAAAUUACAUACCAAUAAAGGUGACACUUUUUGUUGGCCACACACUCUCAAGCUACCAUCUUGGGUCCUUCCUAUAUAUAUACAUAUAUAUGGCAAUCUAGGCUUCAUUACCAAAUCUCAUUACAAGAGAGAAACUUUUCCCAUCUCGCUCUCACUCAAUUGCGAAGAAAAACCAAGUUUGAGCCGCUUUGGCCGUGGGGAUGGCCGAUGAGAAGAACGAGGGAGUUUUGGCUCGUUGGGGCGAGGGGCUCAAAGCCAAAUCUUCGAGCCUAAAGGCGAAGGUGGUCGAGUUAUUGAGAAAGACGAAGAAACUAGCCAAGGAUGAUCCUAGGAGAAUUGUUCAUUCUUUCAAAGUCGGCCUAGCCAUCACUUUGGUGUCAUUGUUCUACUACUUCGAGCCUCUCUAUGAUGGCCUCGGCGCCUCGGCUAUGUGGGCUGUCUUGACUGUCGUUGUCGUCUUCGAGUUCUCCGUAGGAGCGACGCUCGGACGGGGAUUGAAUAGGGUUUUGGCAACGUCCUUGGCUGCGAGUUUGGGAUUUGGAGCUCAUUUUUUGGCGGAUUUGGCUGGAGAUAAAGCUCAACCUGUUAUUCUAUCGCUCUCUGUUUUCUUUUUUGCUACAAUAACGACGUUCAUACGAUUCUUCCCUCGAAUAAAGGCAAGAUAUGACUAUGGCUUCCUCAUCUUCAUCCUAACCUUUUGUUUAGUGUCGGUCUCCGGUUACCGAGAUGACGAGAUUCUUCAAGUCGCUUAUAGGAGAGCUCUCACCAUUCUACUAGGCACCUUCAUUGCCAUUCUCAUAUGCUUAUUCAUAUGCCCUGUUUGGGCUGGUGAUGAUCUCCAUUCUCUUGUCUCCAACAACAUCCAACUUCUCGCCAACUUCCUCCAAGGUUUUGGGGUUCAAUAUUCAAAUGAAUCGAAAGAAGAUGAGCUUCUUGAAGGAUGUAAGAGCGUUUUGACGUCGAGGCAAACUGAAGAGUCACUGGUUAACUUUGCAAGGUGGGAACCACGCCAUGGGCCCUUCAAAUUUCGUCAUCCAUGGAAGCAAUAUCAGAAGAUUGGAAGCUUAACGAGACAAUGUGCUUAUCGACUCGAAUCUCUCAACAACUACCUUGUCACUGAAACUCAAACUCCAUUACAUAUCCGAGAUCGACUCAUGAAGUCCUGUUCUAAAAUGAGCAUUGAAUCAAGCAACGCUCUAGAGGACAUAGCAUCCGACCUAAGAACGAUGACUCAACCUACAUUUCCAAAUCCCCACAUAGAGAAGUCAAAGGCAGCAAUGAAGGACUUGAAGGCAGCGCUUAAGAUCGGGCCGGGGGACGGGGACAUUGAUCUCCUAGAGAUAGUACCGAUAGCGACCGUGGCUUCGUUGCUCAUUGAUACCAUUUCUUGCAUUGAGAAGAUUGCAGAGUCAGUUGGUGAAUUGGGUUCACUUGCAAAUUUCAAGUGUGUGGAAGCUGGGAAAUCAAGUGAUUUGGAAUUGGAACAAGAGCAUCAAAAGUUGCCAACUUCAGCCAUUGUUAAUGAUCAUUGUCAUGUUGUUAUUGUAGAUUAGUUCAUUGAAAUUGUUACUCAUAGUGAUCCAUAUUCUAUACCAAAUGCCUAUGAAUAGCGACUAGGUAACCUCAAUGAUAUAACAGCUCGAGUCUAAGUCUACUACUAGCAAAUCUUGUUCACGUUGAUCUGUUACGUAUCAUCGUCAGUCUCAAGAUUUUAAAACGCAUUUGUUAAGGAGAGGUUU